AUGCCGACCCAACUACCGCUGACACAGACGAAGCUACACUUUUACGCGGACCUAGAAGUUAUGAAGAUAAUAUUCCUGAUGACUUCAAAGCAUUUCGGCGGAAGUGUUGCUGAGGCUACGAUUGAUAUUCGAAUGGCUUUUGUGAGAAAAGUCUAUGCAAUCCUCUCCGUUCAGCUCAGUGCAACUGCUUUAAUUAGCAGUAUUUCAUUUUUUUCGGUACCCUUCAAGAUUUGGAUUCAGACGAAUCAAUGGAUGAUGUGGCUAUCUCUUUUUGGUGCCAUCGGCUUCAUGUGUUUGACCUACUGGAAGCGCAAAUCUUAUCCGUUUAAUCUAUUCUUCUUGGCAGGAUUCACGGCCUUCGAGGCCUAUUCUGUCGCUCUAGUUACCUCAUUUUAUGAUACUAGAAUUGUGUUGCAAGCUGUAAUUCUAACAACUGGAAUAUUUAUAGCACUCACUCUGUUUGCUUGCCAGACCAAGUAUGAUUUUACUUCAUGGAUGCCCUAUCUAUUCGGAGGGCUUUGGGGUUUAAUUAUGUUCGGAUUUAUGGCAAGCUUUUUUCCUGGAAAAACUACCGAUUUAAUUUAUGGUGGUAUCUCUGCUCUUGUUUUCUCAGCUUACAUACUGGUGGACACUCAACUUAUCAUGCGACAUCAUCAUGUUGAGGAAGAAAUAGCUGCUUCAAUCAGUCUUUACCUUGACGUUAUCAACCUCUUUCUCUCGAUUCUUCGCAUUCUUAAUAGCCAGCAAAAUAACCAAUAG